CACCCCUGCUUUAAGGGCUCUAGCCUUCAGAGUGAGUAGGACAUAUGGAUCCUCACUUCUGAAAGAAAUUGCUGGAAAAUUAAGCAAUAACGAAGAUGAACGAAGGUCUUACGGGUUUGGAACAACAUGAGGAGGAGGAAAUGCCAUUACUGUGUUUCAAACACACAAUAGACAAAUCUAGGUUUGUGUUUCCCUUCAGCUACGAUGACGUUGAAGCUUGACGACACUGAAUGGCAUCUCUUAAAAUAUAUCUGCAAUCAAGCGUGCGCAACUAAGGGAAUUCAGCGCAGCAAAGUGCAUCCACAUCAGAGUAGUUCCUACUGGAUUGCGUCUCAUGGAGUUUGACAUGGCAGCAAACAGCACAUUUGUGAGUUUUGAUGGCGGCAUUCAACAAUUAGAAGGUGAAGAUACUAAAAUAAUCGUACCGGGUAUUCUCAGCACAAUCAGUGGGCUUGGGAUUGGUGGGAAUGUUUUGGUGCUUGUGGUACUAAUCUACGUCUUCGCCAGCCAGAGCGCAUCCGAGGCAAAUGUUAUGCUCGCCAACUUGAGUGCAACUGACUUGAUUUUACUCUCUGUGUGCGCUCCGGCACGUGCGGUCACAUACUACAAGCGCACUUGGACACUCGGACUACUGGCCUGCAGAACUACAGAGUGGAUUCAACACAGUUGUCUGGCGGUAAAAGCAUUUACACUGUUAGCGACGAGUCAAGCACGUCAUAACUUUUCCAGUCAUGCUGAGGAGCAGUCAAAUUUCCGUCGAAAGAACGUUGUGAUAACCUUAGCGAUCAUAUGGACGGUUGCGCUCGUGUUUCCAGUUCCUGAUAUUGUUUUUUCCAGGUUAAAAGAUGAGGGAAAUAUCAGUCUGUGUGUGUCUGAAUUAACUUCUCACUCCCAAGAUGCAAUGCGAGUCUUCAGUAAGAUGCUACCAUUGGGCAUCUACGUUCUUCCCAUCAUCCUCUCUUCCGUGUGCCACAUCAGGACCAUCUUCCUCAUCAAACCGAGUUCCCACGAUGAGUCUUUUCUUGCACGUCAAUAUGAGAAUUCUUUGAUGUAUUUAAGCGUCAUUGCCGUGAACACGCUGAUGAUGCUUCCCGAAUGGGUCUCUUGGGUGUGGAUGCGCCAUAGCUCUGGCGAAAGCUGCAAACCUUCAAUUGGUUUGCUGAUUUUCGCUCAGGUGUGCGUUUACUUGAGCAGCGCAUUUUUUCCCGCCAUUCUUCUCACCAUGCACGUGCCCCUCAGAGAAAAUCUUAGCAAUCUGUGUUCGCGCUUGGCUUGUCGACAUGAUAAACACAGACUAAAACUUGAGGGGAAUGGAAAUGAGAUGCGCACAGUGGUUAUGAAGGUGUUGGAUGAGCGAGGAUGUGUGACCAUAAAAGAGAGGCAUUCAGAUGCGUCCUGUCAAACUCUCCCGGAUCUCGAACACUUUUGGAGCGAACGACGAAACACUACAGUCACAGAGGAUAGUGACCCUUUACCAUGGGAACGACAGAUUCAAAGCAAUGUUCAACUCUAACCUUUGACCUCUGUUAUACUUGUGCUGGAAAAUCUAGUUUAAGAUGAUAGCUGUGUUUUGGAGAAUGAUAGCUGCAUCUAGCUUCUGGUCCAAGCUGGUCCAAGCUUGUAACAAACUGUGCAGUCAUGUAUUGACUAAAUGUAUGUAUUGACUAUGAUAAGCUUUUUUGAUUGCCCUGCAUAGUUGCACAAGGCCAAAAAGGUUACAUUUCUUUUCUUAUGAAGUAAAGAAUCUUAUUGUCACU